AUGCAACACGAUUUUCCGGUAUAUACAACAAAAUCAAUCAUUGGUGGUGGUGGUGGUGGUGGUGGUGGUGGGAGUAGUGGUAGUGGGUACCGUGAAAGGGUACCCAUUCCACCAAGUGCUUCAACGCAUUCCAUGAAGGAAUACUAUCAAACGGACCGUCCACCAUAUCCAGGCCAUUAUCGUCACAGUCAGACUGAUUUGACUGAAUGGGAGGAGCAUCAUCAGCAUCAAAAUUUGAAUCACAAUCCCUAUGGUAGUACAGCCACCUUACAUAGCGUUUCAGCGCGUCGUAGUGCUGGCCACGAUCGACAAGAAUCGAUGGAGCGUUAUUCUCUUCGCAAUGGUCGAGAUAAUAGCGACUGGGAAGAUGAUCGUGAUCGACGAUCGCGGCGAUCCGACGGCCGUUUUGCCGACUCUGCCAGCACCGUUUCUACAGCGGUUUUAAAUCAUUACGCCAACUAUCAUAGGCGACCACUAAAUAGGAGCUCCAACCUUUUAUCGGCAACUUUAUGCUUGAUCAAGGAAUUGGAUUAUUCGAGUUUGGAAGUAGUCGAGCAUGCAGUGCGUUGUCGCAUUGAUGAGCUAUCAGCAGAUUGAUGAUGAAUAAGACGCUUACCAUCCUAUUAAAUGCUCCUGGACAAUGUCUUUUUUUGUUUUAGUUGUUUUUCUUCUGCGUUCCUCACAUGCGUUUGCGUUUAUAUACGUGGUAGCUUCUUCAUUUUCUUCCUUCCUCGAUGUGGCAUUAUACUUCAUUACACUUUUCUGUACAUUAUCUAUACAUUAUACUCUUUUCUACUUUUGCUGUUGAAAUUUUGGAUUUACAAUUUUUAUUAUUGAGGAUAUACGUUUUGGAGGUAUAUUUGUAUGUGUUUGCAUAUAUUUAUAAGAAAUUUUUUCAUUUUUAACACACAUACGAAAAUCUCUAAUCCAUAAAAUUUUGUAUUUAUAUUUUUAAUAUUCAUUAUUGAUGUGUACAAAAAUGAUAAUUAAAUUAUAAAAGCAAGUAAAACAAGUAAACAAUGAAAAGACAGAUUUGCUUAAAUAUUUAUAUGCAGCCUUUAUGUCUUAUGGCUAUUUCUACUACUAAUAAUAUUGUACUUAUGGAAAAGGAUCGUGUAUUCAUAAUUAGCAUUAAUUAAUUGUUUUCACAUGCGUACAUAUAUACAUAGAAAAUAAUAAUAAAUAAUAAUAAAUAAUUAUAAUGACUGCAAUAAAUAGAUAAAUAAGUUAAAACUAGAAAGCAGCAGAGCUUGCCAAUAAUUAUCACAAUAAUUUUUAUUAAAAUAUAUAUAAAUAUAUAUUUACAUAUAUAUU